AUGGACACCUCGACUCCAGCGACCUCCGUCAAGACGGCAGCAAACUUGAAAUCCCUGCAACAAAUGGCCGCGGCAAAGACACUUCAGGCCCUGCAAGAAGACGAAAACGCCGUCCAGACCCUCCUCGGCCUUGGAGAAGACGAAAAACAGGUCCUUGUUCCCCAUCUAUGGCAGGAAUUCAUGCGACUCGCGGCUGCGGAGCGCAAGUACCAGGCCAUCGAGGAAGGCAUGCCCGCUGCAGACCGACAUAUCGCCUUCGUCCACCACCUUGAGAAACCCACCUCGAUGCUUAGAAAAGGCAACGGCAACGACGAGGAGUCAACCGCAAAGAGCAUCAGUGAUCGCACGCUUGAGCAGCAUAGAGCGGACACUUGA